AUGGACCAUCUAUACUCGCGUAACUUCUGGUCGACAGACGAUUCAGCAUCUUCGUUCCUGCUUGGGCACUUCCACGCAGGGUCCAAGACCGCAGACUCGGUGCUGGCUUUCUAUAAAGAACGGAUAGCCAUUGAGGAAGAAUAUGGCAAACGGCUGAGCUCGUUGGCUCGCAAGUAUGACCUUGGCAAGAACGAGAUGGACAGCACGUUCAAAAACAGCAUGGAAGCCCUCACAGAUGAAACCACUCAGCUUGCAAACAGCCACUAUACGCAAGCAAACAGAAUUGCAACCGAUGUUUAUAAUCCGCUGGAAGAAUAUCUUACCGAACGCAAAUCUCGCGGUAAAGCGUUGGAGACGGGAAUUGCCAAACUUGUCAAACACAGACGCCAUCUGGAGUCCAAGGUGGAACUUGCACGGAAGAAGUAUGAGGCCCAUUGGAUCAAGAUCAACAACUAUAAAACAGAGCAGAUUCUGAUGGACGAGACUGAGGCAUAUCGCACACAAAUGAAGGUCAACAAGAUGGUGGAACAGAUGAGUGUUGAACGCGCGGAAUACCGUGAAAUGGUGGAUGAGUACAACAACAUGUUGGAUGUAUGGAAAAACGAGUGGUUCUCCUGCUGUGAGACGUUGCAGUCCAUGGAGGAGGAAAAAAUUAAAACCAUCAAGGCCAACGUUUGGGAGUACGCAAACACCGUCAGCUCGACCUGUAUCACUGACGACCAAAGCUGUGAAAAUAUCCGUUUGAGUCUGGAGAAAUGUUCUUACCGGGCAGACGUUUCUGCCUUCGUUGACGAGUUCAAAACAGGUAAAACCAUGGCUUCACCAAUCGAGUUCAUUGACUAUGCGCAUGGAAGUGUUCCUCAAAGAAAAGGCGGCAUUCAAACAGUCGACCUGAGCAGCAUUCCAAAGAUCUCGGCACAAAGAGAGCAGCGCGAACGCAAGAAGGUGCCACCUCCAAAGCCAACUGAAACACAACAGGUCCAAUUUGAUCUCAUUGACAGACGUGAGGAGACUUUCAAACAGCUCCAAGAAGAAGCCCAGCAGGAGGCGUCCCAGAUGUCCCAAAUGCGUACAAGCAAUGCCACCGGGUCAGAGCACAACUCUCACAACGUCUUUUCUGAUUACUCAGACGAAACAACAGCUUCCAGUGCACAUGAAGACCCAUUCAAACAAUCAAAACAGGAGUCCACCUACUCCAAUCCAUUGUUACAUUCCAUGCUCUCAGACAGGCCAACAGAACCUAUCCGUCUUGGAAAGUUCAAUAUCUUUGGCAAGUCGGAACAGCCUGUGAAUCCGUUGGAGGCAUAUUUAAGCGACCUCAAGUUGGGUGGAAACGGAAGCAUGUCAAAGUUCCGUGAAUCGAUGCAAAUUAGCGACGAGCCAAAGCUUGAAACAACCAACGACAAAAGAAUCACCUCAAUAACAAGAAACAGCUCCAUGAGAAAGUCCAAGUCGUCCACAACUCUGAAAGGAAAAUUUGUUAAUCAAACAAACCUGCCAUCCAGAUCGUCAGAAGGAUUCCCUGUUCUCAAAUAUUGUCGUGCCCAGUAUUCGUAUACUGCGAGUAUCGAACAGGAGCUCUCCUUCAAAAAACGUGAUAUUCUAAUGAUCUUGCACCAACAGCCAGACGGCUGGUGGUUUGCAGAAAACGUCAACACUGGUGAUUCCGGCCUUGCCCCAAGUAACUAUCUCGUUGAUAUGUAA